CGCAACAGCCUCGCCGCAGACGACCGCUUCGACCUCAACCACCCAACGCCAACCGACAAUAUCCCGGCUGCGCAUCUCAGACGUUCAAGAUGCGUACCUACGACGAUUCUUUCAGCGGUCAGAAGAUCUACCCCGGAAAGGGUAAGCUGUACGUCCGUGGCGACAGCAAGAUCUUCCGCUUCCAGAAUGGAAAGUCCGAGUCCCUCUUCCUCCAGCGCAAGAACCCCCGUCGCAUCGCCUGGACUGUCCUCUACCGUCGCCAGCACAAGAAGGGUAUCUCUGAAGAAGUUGCCAAGAAGCGCACUCGCCGUGUCGUGAAGCAGCAGCGUGCCAUCGUCGGAGCCUCCCUCGACGUGAUCAAGGAGCGUCGUGCUCAGCGCCCCGAGGCCCGUGCCGCCGCCCGCCAGCAGGCCAUCAAGGACGCCAAGGAGAAGAAGGCCGCCAACGAGAGCCGCAAGAAGGCCGAGAAGGCCAAGUCCGCCGCCUCCGGUGCCAAGGCCACUGGCCAGCGCAUCCAGAGCAAGCAGGGUGCCAAGGGUUCCGCCCCCAAGGUCGCUGCCAAGUCUCGUUAAAAAAAGAAAACCUUUUCCAUAUUCACCAACCGACGAACGGAAUAGAAGCGGUUCUGGCUUGGGCUGGGGGGGAAGUAGUAGGACAGACAGAGAAGAAAAUGGGAAUGAGAGGAUUUUUGGGCGGUUAGAUCAACCCCCGGCAAUGCGUUUAAAAAAAAACCUUUUCCUUUUUUUUAAUACGUAUAUCGAAUCCCGCCCCUCCCAUCUACGAAUUUUUUUUUCGGCGUAUGAGCGAUUUGAGAGGGUGUUUGUCCUCCCCUCAGAUAGGUCGUCUUAUCAUUAUUGCGCCCAUUGGUACCCCUUCCUAUUUUACCCCCCCAGAAAAAUGGAAAAAAUGGAUGUGAUAUGAUGGUCCCUGUUUUAAUUGCUUUCUCUCUCUCUCUUUCCCUCUCUCUCUCCCUCUCCCCGCGGUUUUCUCCGCUUCUAGAUCUGUAGACUCGGCUCGCCCCCCUCUGGCCUCCGCUGGAAUAUUAAUGUAAUAAUGCGU